UUUUCGAUACCUCCGAGUAUAUGUAUAUGGGUAGCAUAUAUUGCACCAGCUCAUACAAUGACCGGUAUGAUGUCAUAUACAAAUCUACAAACUGUGGGAUAUUCUGCAAUAUAUACUUAUAUAGGUUACAUGGUUUUAUAUUUGAUGGCCAUACAACUUUCGGUUACAUUUAUCACGCAUCUAGUCCGUGGACAAAUAACAUCUGUUCUAAUAGCAUCUGCUGUUGUUAUGUUCACGCUUUUGUCAAGUGGUUUGACUGUACACAGCCUCGACUUAGGAUCUUACAUAAAAUGGAUGGAACUAACCUCUCCAUUGAGAUGGUUAUUACCUGUAAUAACAGCAAAAGAAUUUAAUCCAGAGACUAUACAAGCGACGACUAGUCAUUUAUUGUGUAGGAAUAAACAGGUUCAAAAUCAGGACAUUAUAGUGCAGAUGCAAUGUCCACCUCCUAAUGGUACACAUGCUUUAGCAUCUUUUCGGUUGCUACCAGAAAAUCAUGCAUUGGAUCCUCGUGAUAUGGAAACCAGCACGGCCCUCGCACUAGCAUUAACGUGUGUUGGAGCUGUAAUUCUAACAAUAGCAGCAUUUACUGCUAAAUGUUCAAGUUCUUGCAGGUCGAAUAAACGAAAACAAACUAGGCUUUGAAUUCUA